ACCGGAGGCUCGCCGGAACCGUUCGUCGAUUUCCGGAAGGCGUCGGGCGAGUUCGCGUUUCAGCUCCGACAGAUUGUCCCGAAAGGUUGUUCGGGUUUUUCCGGGAACGCGUCGGUUUUUUUCGGAAAAUCCGAUGGAUGAAACUCAAGCUGCCAGACUUGGCUUGUCAGAAGCGGCUGCAGCUGUAGCUGCGGUGGCAGCUGCUGUUAGGGAAAGCCCGGAGGUAACCUCAGUGACUGUAAUGACAGGCCCUGAAGCAAGAAACGCAACAGGAAACGGGUAUGCUGAGGUCACUGUUUCCAGCGUUGGAGCCCCGGGAGAAAAUGUAUUCACCACUUCAGUGGCCAGUGCUACCUCCCUCUCUGAUCACGUCCUUACGGACCGAGCAGCGCUGCAGAUAGGAGACAGCCUGAGCACAGAGAAAGCCACAUUAAUCGUGGUUCACACUGAUGGCAGUAUUGUGGAGACACAGGACCUCAAAGUCCCUUCUGCUCCAAUGACCCCAGGAUCAGAAGGUUCCACUACCCCCCUAUCACCAGGGCCGGAGAAAGAUGGCACUAAAUACAGCUGGGACUCUUCUGUGUAUGAUAAUGAGCUACCAGUGCGGUGCCGGAAUAUCAGUGGCAUCUUGUACAAGAACCGCCUGGGAUCUGGAGGGCGGGGACGCUGCGUGAAACACUUAGAUGGUUGGUACACCCCCACCGAGAUUGAAGCUAUGGCUGGCCGGGCCAGCAGUAAGGACUGGAAGAGAAGCAUUCGCUAUGCUGGCAGGCCUUUGCAGUGCCUCAUACAGGAUGGACUGCUCACCCCUCACGCUGCUUCGUGCACAUGUGCGGCUUGCUGUGAUGAUCUCAGCUUGAGUGGUCCUGUGAGGCUGUUCGUCCCUUACAAGCGCCGAAAGAAAGAAGGCGAACUGCCAGCUGUUCCUUCCAAAAAAGACCCGACUAAAAACAUCACGCUCCUGCCUGGCACAGCCUCGGCUACCUUCACAGUAUCACCCUCUGGGCAGAUCACAGCCACCGACUCCCUAGCAUUUGAGAGAGCAGCCACUGCGGAGGCAUCAGCCAUCCUCUCCGACAGCCCACCUCAGGGAGAUGUCUACACUGGGCCUACAGUACUGACGUCACUCCCUGCUUUAGCCCUUGCUCCCAGCACUCCUACCAAAGAGACCUCCCCUGGAGGAGUAAAUGGGCUGGAAGUAUCGGACCAGCAGCGGCCAUGGCUGUACCUGGAGGAAAUGGUGAAUUCUCUGAUCAACACGGCGCAGCAGCUGAAGUCUUUCAUAGAUCAAGCCAAGAGUGAGGCUGCUACUGAUAGGAAGGAGUUUACCGGCCAUUUGUUCCAGCCGGCAGAUGAAAUUGAUGGGAAGCAGGAGAUUCUCCUUAGGCAGUCCUGUGUUAAUUGCGGCAGAGAAGCUCUGAAUGAAUGUACCGGCUGCCACAAAGUCAAUUACUGCUCGAUCUUUUGUCAGCGGAAGGACUGGAAGGAUCACCAACAUCUGUGUGGCCAGGCAUCCACUCUCUCAGUCCAUGCAGAGGAGGUACAUGUCACAGAGAAAGAUCCAGUCUGAUAGAUUUCCCAUCUCAUAUGACUUUCAGUUAUGUCCUCUCCUGACCAAGAAAAAUAAAUGAGGAGAAGCAAACGCUUUCAGUGCCACAAACACAGAGAUAAGCCACCGGCUAUCGGCAGAACUGCAGGGAAUCCUAACCAAAGUCCUGUAAUUCCUCCAAAGAAGGGCUGAAAAUCACAUUUAUACUACAUUAGUGUAAUCAAUGCCCAAAAAGUCGCAGCCAUUGUGUUAGGUAUUGGUGGAUAUAUCUAUAUAUAAAGUGAAGCCAAAAAGAAUAUGGAAACAGUAGUCAUAUAACCACACUCUUAUUGAGGCUGUGGCCAAUAAACAUUACUCUCAGGCAGCCAAAUUGAAAGUCCGAAAGUAAACUGUAUCCUACAGCAAUAAAGGGAUUAUACAGUAUGCAUUGUUCUUUAAGAGAAAGUAUGAACAAAUAAGUCAUUGUGUACCUUCAGAACUCCUUAACACAGAUAGAGGCUACUGUAUAAUGUACCUUAGAAGUGAUAAGCCUGAAAAUUUUCUCUGUAGACCAAAGUGAUAGCUGCAUCUUCUGUACUUUAUGGCCAAAAGUAUGUGAAUAUCUGGCUGUCUAACAUCUCAUUAAAAUCAAAACCAAAGUUAUAUUAAUAUGAACUUGGGUCCUCUCUUUGCUGCUAAGCCUUUACCCUUGGCUCUUUUAGGGAGACUUUCAACUAGAUGUUGGGCACGGAUGUUGAGGCCUAGCUCGCAGUUAGUGUUCCAGUUCAUCCCACAGGGAUUCAGUUGGAUUGAGGUUAGGACUUUGUGCCAACCAAUAAAGUUCUUCUACUCCCAUCUCAGCAACUUCUGAAUGGACCUCAUUCACACCAGUAUCAGCAACAAUGGGUGUGGCUUUAUUAGAAGGUGAGGAAGCAGACCCUUCAGUCAUGAGUGGGGGGGGGGGGGGCAGGAGGUCCCAGACCAAUCCUGCUUGCUUCUCCCACUAGCAGCCACUCAUACCUAGUGGGGUGGGGGGUGGGUUGCUGUUGCUUUACACUGGGCCCCUACACAGAUUUUUUUCUGGCAGGGGGGCCUUGGGUGGGGUAGUUAUACCACUGUCCACACAUUUUUGCCCAUAAAGUGUAUUUAUGAAAGGAAGUGUAUUUCUAAAGGAAAAUAAGUUGUGUGCGGUAUUUCCAGUGAUAUACGGUAUAUAGCUAUUACAAAUCAACAGUAAUAUUCAUCUAUCCAUGGAUAUGAAUGCAACGGCAAAAUAUCCAUGAAAAUGGAUAUAGCUACUGGUUUUGGUUAUGUUUAUCUGUUUGAUGAAAUUUAGGUUUUUUGUUGUAUUCAGAAAAGGAAAAUUGGUUCCCAAAGACUAACAAUAUGAGAGUGGAAUUCUUGUAUGUCUGCUUUAGAGCAAACAGGAUACUUUGUACUCUUUAUUUUCAUUGAUAAAUAACUGUGUAUGAAGGUAGGAGCUGUAUAAAUAAAACCUUGUUUAUUUAA